ACAUCCGCACGUGGCUCAAUCAUUUAACGUGGCCUCCUCCAACAGCGACUGGGAGUCGGGCUACGAGCCUUCGUCUCCGUCUAGCGCUUCUUCUGCUUUCAAGCCCACGCAAAAUCGCAGGAAAAGCCUAGAUAUGUCUGUGGCACACUCGCGAGCAAGGAGCCGGAGCCGGGCGCCUAGCAUGCGGGCGCCGCCUCCAGGCCCAAUCGUCGUGGACGGCCCUCCAAGAAGUCCACGAACGCCAAUCGUGGUCGAUAUACCAUUCCGACCUGUCAGUCGAGCAAGAAGUGUUGGACGAAAUGGGCCGCUUAUGAGCACUCCCGGAUUGAGUGGAGGGAGAGGCAUGUUCAAGAGGCUCAUCGUUGCUUGCGAUGGAACAUGGCUGAAUUCAGACGACGGAGAGAAGAACGGCGAUCUCGCAAUUCCUAGCAACGUCACGCGGAUAUCCAGAGCUAUCAAGUCGGUCAGCCAAGAUGGCAUACCGCAGAUUGUCAAUUACACGUCUGGUGUUGGAACAGAAGGAGGGCCUUUGUUCAAACUCAUCUCAGGCACCACAGGAAAGGGUCUCCCAGAAAACGUUCGAGAAGCGUACGCUUUCCUAGCCAACAACUACCACCCUGGCGACGAAAUCUUCCUGAUUGGCUUCUCAAGAGGUGCAUUCACUGCCCGUAGCAUCGCCGGUUUGAUUGGCGAGAUCGGCCUGCUAACGAAGAAGGGGCUCAAUGAUCUUCCUGAAGUGUACGACGAUGUUCAACACCGGAGAGAUCCAAACUACGUACCCAAACAUCCGGACAUACCCUUCGCCCGCAAGCCUAGUGCAAGCGAUCCUAGAUACACAGAAGAGAUGGAACGCCGUGGAUUGACAAGACUUGACAUUCCCAUCAAAGCAAUCGCUGUCUGGGACACGGUGGGCAGUCUGGGCAUUCCACGAAUUGGGUUGCUACAGCGCGCAGGCCUACAAGGCAAGCAGUCCCGUGCAACAUCUUUUUACGACACGAAGCUUAGUAAUUGCGUGGAGAACGCGUUCCAGGCCUUGGCUCUUGACGAGAACCGCUCGUCUUUCUCGCCAGCGGUGUGGGAGAAGCCAGAAGGCAAUCGGACGACGUUGCGCCAAGUAUGGUUUCCAGGUGUGCACGCAAAUUGUGGUGGAGGAUACGACGACAUGCAACUUGCGAACAUCACAUUGGCUUGGAUGAUGAGCCAACUGGAGCCGUUUCUGGAGAUGCGGGAAGAGUAUCUUUUCGAGCAGGAUGCGUUGAAUGAGGACUUCUACAAGGAAGUAGGGCAAGGGAUACGGCCGUGGAGUUUUGGCAAGAUCUACAACGAGCUGAAGGGUGUGAUGACCGCCGGUGGCAGAACAAUCCGCACGCCAGGCCAAUACCACGCCGUGGACCCCUUCUCUGGUCGAACUACAGACCGGCCCCUCCGUCAAACCAACGAGUACAUCCACCCCUCCGUCCGCACGCGCUAUCGUCUACAAGGCCCCGGGCAAAUGGACCGCGGCGACUACGAGGCGCGCGCUUUAACAGAUGGCUAUAAGCUCAACGUUGACUACGGACCGAACAAAGAGCGUGCUUCAGACCCGGAAAUCUACUGGCGUAUCAAAUGGCGGGAUUCAGACGCAGUGAAGAUCCUCCCUGAAGCACCUCUUUGGCGUCUCGAGCGUGAGCUCGCACGCAAAGAUCCAGACACGUAUGACUACAUCAAGCGCCCUCCCUCGACGAAGGUUCGCGACAGCAAGCGCCGCAGUCAGAGACCCAUGAGUGCGGGUGUGAGCUCAAGGGCGCCGACAACGCCCGGGGGCGCGAGCGUAGCGAGUAAGAGGCGGAGAGAUACGAUGACGCCGCGAAGCACGUUUCCGCUUGAUGAGAAGGUAGAUGUGAGACCGCCGAGAAGGAAGAGUGUAGUGGAGAGGAACGUGCGGGCGAGGAGUCGGCCAAGGACGAGUGUGUACGAUGGCGGUGAGACGGAAAUCAGAGAGACCAUGCCUCACAGGAAUGAAAAGGAUAAGGCAUGGUGGGAGGGGAGACGGUGAUGUUUGGCAAGCACGGAUAAUAAGGUGCUACGAGUGACGUUCUGGCAAGACUGAUCUGGAUGGUCGAUGAAUACCCUUUCUGAAGAAGACAUUUAACAAUUGCAUAGAGGCAUAGCGAACGGUUGAUAGAAGCGUUUAAUUUUACAGAUGAUGGAGACUAUCAUCAUCAUAAUUUCCUG